AUGUCCGGUGAUAGUCUCAGUGCUUCACUAGGAGAUAUAUCUUUAUCUGGUGACGAAGAAACCUUUACCUAUAAACCUAUUAAAGAUGAUCAAAGUAAUAAGACAUCGAAUAACAUAAACACAGAAAAUCAAAGAACUUUAUUAGAUGCACCAGAGAUUCAAAAAGUUAUGAAUUCCGAUAUUGCAAUUAAUGCUCUAUUGACAAGAUUAAAACAAUCAUUAUUGACAUGCGAAGAAUUCACGAAAUUUCUGCGUAAAAAAUAUUUAUUCGAAGAAGAACAUACAGAAGAGUUAUCAAAACAAUAUAAACAUUUCUUCACAACUACAAAUGGUGUGUCCUCUUUGAGAAAAAUGAUUCAUGAAAUCCUGGAGUUUGAUGGGAAACUUGCUAAGGUGAAACAGAGUUAUUUAACUGCAUUACAGAAAAUGUAUGAUGAAAUAAGUGCUCUAUUGUUAACUAUUACAAAAAUGAGAAAAAGUGUAAAGGAAAAUAGUAGACGUCUAGAAAAAGACGUUGUGGAUGCUAUCCAUGCUGCUGAAAAGGCACAAAGUCGUUAUAUCUCUCUUUGUCAGGAUUAUGAAAAGGUAAGAAUGGCGGAUCCUUCAAAGACAAAACUAACUUUAAGAGGUUCUAGAACAACAAAAGAACAAGAAGAAGAUUUGUUACGAAAGAUAGAUAGCGCCGAUCUAGAAUACAAACAACGUGUUGACCAUUCAGAUUCCUUAAGACAUAAUUUCUUAACUAGAGAAAGACCAAGAAUCGUACAGCAAUUAAAGGAUCUAAUAUUGGAACUAGACACUGCAAUGGCUAUUCAACUACAAAAAUAUACUAUUUGGACCGAAAACUUAAUUCUUAAUAGUGGUGUAACAGUGAGUCCAUUUGAUAAACCACAUAAUUCUAUGAAAGGUAUUGCUAAUUCAGUUAAAAAUGAACAAGAUCUUUACAAUUUCUUAAAUAAAUAUAAUUCUUCCAGCAAAAGUGGGUUAUUAUUAAACAAAAAUUUAAUACCUGUCGAGUAUAAAAAACAUCCAUCGAUGAUGAAACGUAGGAAUAGCGUUAAUAAAGCCCCACCAAAAUUUGCCGUUGACCCAGCAAGAAAUUCAAUUCCAAAGAGAAUUCUUUCGACACAUAAUGAAUCACCAUUCCAACAUAGCCCAUCUACUAAUUUUGGAACACCUAUAAUUGCAUCCAGCUCUUCUAGUAAAUAUACAACUGCAACACCUAUGGGGACUUCUCAAUUAUCAAGUACAAAGUCAAGAUCAUUUGUUCCAUUGAAUCAACCUCAACAGCCGCGUAAAUCUAUAGAUACAUUUAAUAAUAAUGAUAAACAAACAAACAUUGUAAACAGCAACAUGACUGGUGGCAAGAGCGGUAACUUCCCCUCGUUAGAUCCAGGUAAAGGUGAUACAAGAAUGCCAAGUAUAUCUAACACAUUAGCAUCAGUAGAUACAGCGGACUCUGAUAGACCAGUAUCCUAUGUACAGACAGAUGGAAGAAUGCCAGCUGGUGUUCAAAAUAAUUUCAAAACUUUCGGUGUACCUUUAGAAAAUUUAAUUGAAUAUGAACAAGAUAUGGUACCAGCUAUUGUUCGUCAAUGCAUAUUCGUAAUUGAUAAAUAUGGUUUACAAUUAGAGGGUAUUUAUAGAAAAUCUGCCAAUGUAUUGGAUGUUAGUAAAUUAAAAGAGGAGAUUGAUAAGGAUCCUUCAAAUAUAUCCAUGAUUCUUCCAGGAAAUAACCAUUCGGAUUCUGAUAUAUAUUUGGUUGGAUCAUUAUUAAAAUCAUUUUUCUCUUUGUUACCAGAUCCUCUGGUGCCCAGUGUCAUAGGACCAGAACUAAAAACAUGUAUAUCCAUAGAGGAUCCCAAAACAAGAAAGAACUAUAUGCAUAACUUGUUAUAUAAGUUACCUGAUGCCCAAUAUUGGACAUUACGUUCUUUGUUAUUUCAUCUGAAAAGAGUUAUUGCUAAUGAAGAAUCUAAUAGAAUGAACCAAAAGGCAGUAUGUAUUAUAUGGGGUCCAACUGUUGUACCUAUCAACGAAGAAGAACCCAACGACGUAAACUAUCAAAUUGCUUCGAUGGAGGUAUUGUUAGAUGUUGCGGAUCAGGCAUUUGAACCAGAAUAA